GUUGCCAGAUCUUGUGUCAUGAAUCUCACUUCAAUGUGUCCAUCGCAGUCCAUAUCGCCUUAAUUCAAUGCACGAUCUCGACUCAAGUGACUUGUCUGUUUUUCGACAGUUUCUCAGCGUCUCUCGCCUACGCUGCGGUCCAGAAUAACUUGGUAGGCCGCGUGAUAUGAUUAUUUUGGUUUCUUCUUUGUUAUCUGAGCCUUUAUUGCUAUGACCUCUACUGUCGACGUUUCGGUGAGUUCCCUCAUUAUUUCCAUCUUGUUUCCCUUCAGCGAUGGCACAUGCAUGAGUCGGGCCCAGUUUGAUGUCAAGGCCCAGGGGUCAAUACCGCAUGUCCCGGCAAUUACAAUGCUUGGCAUCUCACUUCCUCGUUUGCACCAUCUCUCUCUCGUCCAUGCACCAGCGUGUUCUUGUUGCUUUCUUGGCUUCCAUGGCACCUGUACUUUACAGCAGUUCUUUACGAAGAUUAGGGGUCAUGGUAAUAAUAAGUCACUAUAUAAGGAUACGCGACCCUCAUUUCUGAUCGAAUAUGGAAGGCGUUUGUUCUGUGCAUCAAACGCAAGCUCGACAAUUGUCAAACCCAUUCUUCACAUCCAAAUACCUGGUUCAUGAUACUGCGUCAGCAUAGACACACUAACACACAAUGA